AUGUACUACGAUUACUUAGAGAUGAACGAGCCAGCUGUUCUCGAAAGGGAACGCGAAAUUAUAAGGUAACUGUAAUAGCUCAAAACAAACCAACAGUUAAAUGAGUUUUAAGGUCUUAGGUAAUAAAAAAUAAAUAAAACCCUUUCAACGUAAAAAACGCCAGAAAAACGAGGAAAUACACCGAGGAAAAAAAAAAGGAAAUUGUAAAAUACAAAAAGUUCAUAAGGACUGCCAAUGGCAAAUUUGAAAACUUAAGCGUAAACUUUUUAUAAUAAAGGACAAUGUCGACAGGUAUUAAAGACAUCAGUUGGCGGUAGUUUGUACAUCUCUACUAAAUGCACUAAACGCAUUACUUUCGGCGCUGUGAUAAUAGAGAAUCAUUUUAUUUCCUUAGAUGUCAGCAGGAAAACACAACACCAAUUCCACCGAAACUGAAAGCCCACAUCCUACAACACACAUACAGGGACAUCUUCAAUGGAGAAUUCAACCUGGGCUUCACACUACCUCACACCGACACUUGCGCCACCUGCGAUAAACUGGCCCUUAAAGUGCAAUCAUCUGAGGGCGCGGAAAAAGAAAAACUUGAAAAAGAACUUGAGGAACAUCACAAACUUGCCAAAUCAGCAUUUACAGUGCGUAAAGACAACAAGGCACGCGCGGUGAGGAGCUGGGUUGGAAAGCCCGUCCAGUUGGCUCUUCAGGAGUAA